CUCUGCAGAUUCGGGCGUGACCUGGCCCCCGCCCCCCCCCGACCGACAGGGAGAACCUCCAGACGCAGAGCGAAGCCCAGCAGCACCGUCCCCAGAACCUCUGGCCCCCCCACCCCCAGCUGCAGUACCUCUCCCAGCCGGAGGGGGUCCAGUCCUCCCGUCCGGCUGAGGGCGCCUGCUACCCCCCCGCCCCCCAGUCUCUCCAGUACCAAGCACAGGCCCCGGAGGUCCAUGCGCCCCCCCAGCCCCCCUCCCCCCCCCCACCAGUGCAUCCCUGGAGCCGUUCCUCUGCAGCAGCUGUCCCAGCUCUACCAGGACCCCCUUUACCCCGGGUUCCCUCAGGGGGAGGGGGGCGACGUGGCUCCCACUCCGCUCUUCUGCUCCAGCAAGUCGGGGAGCGACCUGCCGCGAGAUUUCAACAUCUUGAAGUUUUUCUUCAACUUGGGCAUCAAGGCCUACGCCAUGCCCAUGUGCCCCCCCUACAUAUACCUCCUCCCCCUGCAGCAGGCCCACACCCUGCACCCCAAGCUGCCCUCCCCCUCCUGCUCCCCCACCCCCCACUACCCUCCGUCCAGCCAGCAGGAGGUGUACCCGCAUCCCCAGUAUGACCCACCGGCCCCACCCCCCGAGCCCCCCUACCCCUUCGCCCAGCAUCAGGUCCACCGGAUGCCCCCCCACAGCAGCACCAGCUACCAGGUUGGGUAUCCCAACCCCGGGUCAUCGUAUCAGGGAUACCAGCGGUCUCAGGGCCAGCCCAUGUACCCUCAGUACCCCCCCUCCUCCAUGGGGUACCAGUCUCCAUCGGCCCCCGAGGAGCCGAUAGAGCAGCGUCAGCCCGCCAAUGGGGAGGCACUGCCCGGUCCAUCUGCUGCUAACAACAACAGAGCUGGUUUUGGCCUAAUGAAGGAGGCGGGAGACGGUUUGACCCGCGCCGUGCUGCUGGUGGACCCCCCGUUCAACAACACCCCCAUAAUCACGCUGGUGUCGAAGCCUGACGUCAAGGACGUCUCCAUGGCAACCAUGAACCCCAGAAGCUCCCCCGGCUCUCCGUCGCCGUACGACCUCAACUCCAAGCAGUCCGUCGCCGUGGACAACUGGCGCCCCCGCGGUUGCCGUGGUUACCAGAGGCCGCAUCAUCUCGCCAGCGGGUACGUCCCGCCGGGGCCCCCGGAGCCCGGUCACAUGUCCACCACGUCCGUGAGCUGCAGCACGGAGGACCAAUGGGAGGAGGCGGGAUCGAGACCCAACACCUUGAGCCACAGAGGGUCGAGGAGGAACCUCAGGGGAGGGAGGGGGAGGCCGGGCCACGAGCCGGUGCGGGGGGGCCUCAGGAGGAGACACGGGGGAGAUGAAGGCGUGGACUCCAACUACCUUCAGUAUAGCCCCUCCCACAGGGGGAGGGGCCGGGAGAGAGGGUACUAGCUCAGCCAAUGAGGACAUUGUUUGUUUCUCCUGGCUCGGUCCCAUCAAAAAACAGCUAUUAGCCACUUAGCGUAGCAUGAUGACCCCAAUGCUGAUGCUAAGCUAGCCAUGUUGUAGCUGUGGUGUUUACAUGAAUUCAUCCGUUAGCGCUGAGCAAAGAGAUCAAACUCGUCUCCGUACGUUUUAUUGCUGCCAAAAGAUCCGAAAUCAAAUCUUUUGUUUUUUAAUGGUUUUCUUUUCAUUGUCACGUGUAAUCGAAGUAAGUGCCUUACGUUAAACACUUUCAUGGUUUUUGUUUUUUGGGGACGUUAGUGUACAGAAGUACAGGCUGUUGUUGGUUUUUCUAUGCAAAUGAUUAAAUAAAACUUUCGUUGAAAAUAAAGGCUUUAGUUUCAU